AUUGGAAUGAUUAGUUUUCAGUAUAAAAUGGUAAACUGAAACAACCAAAACAAACUUCAAUAUUGAUUUUAUAUGUCAACAAAUUUUUAACAGCUAGCUAGCUCUUAACGUGCCAACUGCAUGAAAUUUAUUUUGUUGCUAAUCACUGCGUGGCUAUGAAACUUCUGUUGUUGGUCUUCUCUCUUCUCUUAUGCCUGGUAUCAGGUAAGUCCAUUCACUUAUUCCAGUAUUGCCCAUUAUAUCUCAUGACAUUGUGUAUAGGUGCUGAUGCAAGCUGUAGUUUUAGCGAUGUGACUGCCACUAGGUUGUCUGCAACAGAUCUUUCAAUUCAGUUCCGAUAUUUUUACCGUCCUGGUGGGAUAUCAAACAUUUCAGUGUAUAGUAACGAGUUUUUUGUGACUAUAUUAGAUAGCAUUUCUAUUGGCCCCGAGAUUGUUAGUGCGGACAAGGUGCAGUACGACUAUCUGUACAGUGGAGCUUCAGGCCCACGUUGCUUUCGAGCUCAGCCUGAUAUAUUAGGUUGUCCAAUGUCAGAGGACUGUGCAAAUUCAUCCUACAGCACCACCAGACCAAACGUGGCCUCUUUUACAGCAGAUCAAAUCAGCAGUCAAGAUUCAGACCAAGUAUUCUUGCAGUGGGUGAUCAGUGACACGCACACUAGCACCUUCACCUACUGUACACUAGAAGACAGUCCAUUGAUAGUCUUCAAAGAGGUGCAACCCAGCUCUCAAUCGAGCACAGUGGUGAGGCUACAAGAAGCCACCUCAUACACUUGCUAUAUCAGCGAUUGGAACGAAAAUAACAUUGGACCAAGUUUUAACACCAUCUUUACCACAAGACCGGCGCCACCUUAUGCCUUGGUAGUGAAUAAUAUUGAAUCAGAUAGUGUGAACCUGUCAUGGAAUUACAGGAACGUAUCAGAUCGUACCUUCACCGUGUUCGUCGACAAAGACUGUAUUGGGAAUGGAUACCCGGAAACUACCGGAUCUGAAACUAACCUCAUCAUCAAUGGACUCUCCCCAUUCACAUUCUACUGCCUUCGAGUAACAGCUACGAUAUCCAGUGCAAAUGUCACCAGCCUACCCGUCUCAACUGGUGUAAGAACAUCCGAAGCAGUUCCUGGCGUAGUAAGGAACCUCGUGGCCACACCCACAAGCACCACGACAGUGCUGCUGAGCUGGGAUGAGCCAUUACCUAGGAAUGGUGUCAUCACCAGUUACCAUGUGUCGGUGGAUGGUACCUCAUUUAGGGAUAUAGAUGGAAAUACGACCAUGAUCUAUGUUGGUGAUUUAGAUGCAUGUAGGUCUACUAACUACAAUUUCAGUGUGUCAGCUUGUACAAGUGCUGGCAGGGAGGGAGAGGCUGUAGUAACCGCAGCAACACUUACGCCAAGACCAGAAAUCCCUGAGAUGGUGGAAGUCAAUCGACAAAGUAACUCCAUCACCUGGACUACAGUUACUCCCACUGAUUGCAUACGAGGCACUCUGAUACGUUUCCAACCAGUGCAGAGCCUUGAAGACCCGGUAUCCAUCAAUACCAUCUACACAGGCAGUGCAUUACCAACUACUAUCACACUUCCACUCAUUCUAAAGCAGGGUGUGGCCUACAACGUCAGCCUUAGGUCGUAUGGGCCUGGGGGCACAAGUGAUCCUACACAGCCAAUCCUUUCAUCACCUGUUAUGGACAGCUCUUUUCCGUAUGAUCGAACAAACUUCCUACAACUACAGUUCACUGGUGUGGGAACUUGCGAUGAAUUGAAUAAAACUGUGUCUCUAAGGAAAGUGGCUGAUGCUUUGUUAGAGAGAAUGUCGUCCAUUUGUCCUGACUACAAUGGACCAAAUAUCGACUUAAACUCUUUGAACUGCAUCGGAGAAAAUCAAGUGUUGUUUCGGUUUCAAAUCCUCAGUCAAACAGACGUAGAGUUUUUGUCGUGCCUAGAAUAUUGGUAUACAAGUGACUCCUCGUACCUUUUAGUGGCUGACCAAUUACUACUUAUCGAUAAGUCAUGUAAUCAACUUUAUAUUAGUUCUCUCAGAGACCCAGCUUGUAUGAUAACGACUACCUCGUGUUCAAUAUCUGGGCCUGUUGCUGGUGGUUUCAUUGGUGGGAUAAUCAUCGGCGCAUUGCUUGCCGCUAUUGUCAUUGUUAUCACACUAUUGACGUGUUUUAGGAGGAAACUUGUUCAAAGAAACACGCAGAAAACUGGCAUAGGAAGUUGCACGGUGCUAGAUACAGUGGGUAUUAACUACAAGAAGAAAGCAAAGAAAGCAAAGCCGAUCGCGCAUCACCAACAAGCAUCGCGUACUUCUAGCGAGGAAGAUAAUUACGAGAUGCUACCCUACCAAGGAGAUGGUACUGUUGCUAGCGAAUACGUGGAAAAUCCAAGUAACAAGACGAAAUCAACCGGAGCUACGAAAGAAGUAACUGUCGAUCCUGAUUAUGAAGUACCGGGGAUCUUCUUUAUGGACAGACAGAAAGCAGCUGCCGAAAAUGUACCGCCUUCACCUCAGUAUGAACCGAUUGAAGGCGAUCCUCUCUCACCCGUGAAGCAUCUUCCCUUGAACAAUAAGUCUUCCUCUAGCAAGCAAACCAACACACUACCUAGUUUGCUCAGCCAUGGAGCUUUGCCUAGCCAUGGAGCUAAAGUGCCAUUCGUCAAGCUAGCACCAGCCCCCACAAACGAGAACCCACCAAAUCAGACUACGCCAAAAGUAUUCAAAAUGCCUGCUCUACCCACGAAGCAAGAAGACAUCCAAUUAUCCACCACUAAGGAGGCAACAAAAAAGAAACAACCACUUGUACCGAAAAUUUCCCAGUCCGGUGCGGCUGACCAGAAACCGAGCGUGAUAUCGAAAGCGAAAAUGUUUGAAUCCGCUCUAACAGGACCACAGCCUCCGAAACCAAAACCAAAACCGAAAGGCAAAGAUGUACCGUGUGGAGGCAAUACAGCCUACCAGUUGUGGAAACCCAAGUAACUAUAGAGACAAGAAUACUGCCAGCUAGAGUAGAAAUCACAUUAUUUGACAAGACAAUUAUUUCAAUUUAUUAUUGUGUCUACAUUUUAAUUGCGUUAAGUGCACUCAUUGUGUGUGUGUACAAAGCUAAUUGUGUGUAUAUUUCCUAUUCAGACAA